AGUUCUGAUUCAUUGCUGCAAUCCACAGACACAUCAUCUACAUUCGAUGAAUGCUACCCAACUGAGUUUCUCAACACACUUACAUUCAGUGGAGUGCCAAACCAUGAACUUACAUUGAAGAAAAACACUCCAGCUAUGCUGCUGCGAAACUUGAACCCAGCUUUGUGUCUUGGCAAUGGUACAAGGAUUAUGAUCACAAUGUUGGGUGACAAUUUCAUGAAGGGCAACAUCAUGAGAGGUUCUUAUGACACCGACGAAGUCAUAAUCCCAAGAAUUGUUCUCAACGUUGAGAACUCCAAGUGUCCGUUUAUACUCAAAAGACAUCGUUUCCCAGUUCGCACAUGUUAUGCAAUGACAAUAAAUAAGAGCCAAGGACAGACGCUUGACAAAGUCGGAAUCUAUUUGCCAGAACCAGUAUUUAGCCAUGGACAGCUCUACGUGGGAGUUUCAAGGGUACGAUCAGCAACAGGUUUGAGAAUGGUGAUAGAAAAUCCAGCGAACUUCCAACCAACUAUACAAGAAUCAUUGUGUUAG